CCUCAUCCUACCGCCAUAGAUGUUCUGCCUCGCUUGAAUGCCUCUUUUACAUUAGACAGGGAGAUGCCGUGGACUGUGACAAAUUCAUUCAAGCGAGGUCUUAUGAUGAAAACUUACGGACGGCCUCUUUGGCGCGUCUACGACGAGGAUUUGCGACCGGCCGCCAAAAAACGACGCGUCCAGUCCGCCACCGAUUCCGACGAGGCCGAGCAUAGCCUGCAAUAUGCCAUCCGCGAGUCCUCGACCGCCGUCCUGUCGAGUCCGUCGCGUCGCAAUUCCGUGAUCCUGUCCGAAGGCACCCAGGAGGAUGAGCUGUCGACCCCCCCAUCAUCGCCGCCUCCCCGGUUAAGUCCGCCGCCGGCCAACACGCGGAAACCCACGUUUGCCUUCCUCAAGCGUAAACACGCGGCCACCACCCCAACCACCACCCCAACCACCACCACGCCAAAGGAAGCCGCCGGAAACGCCACCCCACUCACCGAGGUCAAUUCCAAUAGUGUCCGCGCCUCAGUGGACCCCCCCAAGAAGAAAGCGACGCAGCCGCAGCAGCCGCCUGCCUUGAAGCAGAUGCAACUGGACUUGGGUCACGAGGUGCGCAAAACCUGUGCGACCUGUGGCAUGGAAUAUAUCCCGUCCAACGCCGAGGACGCGGCGCUUCACAAGAAAUUCCACGACAUGAACUCCACCGGGGUCGAUCUCGGCAAGGCCUUCAUGCGGGCCAACGCAUCGCGCUGGGUGUACGAGGCGACGCGGUUCGACGAGGGAUACGUGGUCAUUGUGGAUCGCAAGGCCUCACCGACCGCAAAGAACCAGGCCAAGAAGGUGCUCGAGGUCAUCUGCAAGGAAUUGUCGUCGCCCACGAUCGACGACGAGGUCCUCUGGAGCCAGACGGAACCGCCCCCGCACCUACGCCCGGACGGGACGACGGAGAAGGUGGAUCGGUACAAGGUGUUUCUACACAUGAAGGACAGUCGGUGCGUUGGGGCGUGUCUGACGGAGCGGAUCUGGGAAUCGCGGCCGAUUCAGAAGUCGGCGACGGCGCCGGCCGGCGGACCGGACUCGUCGGUCACGGUGCGGGAGGAAACACACCGGGCCAUCGUGGGCAUCUCGCGCAUCUGGACGUCCGGGUCGUCGCGGCGGAAAGGGAUCGCCAUGGACCUGCUGGAUUGCGUUGUGAGCAAUUUCAUCUACGGGAUGGAGAUUCCCAAGGAGCAGGUGGCCUUCAGCCAGCCGACGGAAAGCGGCAAGGGGCUGGCGCAGUCGUUCUUCGGCAAUGACGAGUGGCAUGUUUACGAGGAAAGCUGAGGGCAGCUACAUGACGACGAUAGACUGACUCUUUACAACAACAACAACAAGUACUACUACUACCAUCACCUUACAUGGGCUGUGCAUUUGGGAGGGAACGCCAGACGGCAAAUAACAAAUACCGCCGAGGCGAUUGUUUUCGUGAUACACGGGCGAGUUGAUACCCAGGCUUUCUCGGGCAUUGAAUUGACCUUCGAGGGAGGACCACUGUGACGACUACUUUGAUUGAUUGACUGAUUGAUUGCCUACACCAUUUGAUUUCUUCUUUGUAUAACUGGAGGUGUUUUGGGAGGGUCCGUCGGGUUCCGCGAGGCUUGGUAGUUGGCUUCGGACUGCCAUACCAUACCGAUCAUUCUUCACUGUAACAUAUAUUAUACCUUUGGGCAGGUUUUUCUUUUACUUCUUCUUCCUUUUUUUUUUUUUUUUUUUUUUUU